AUGAAGAAUGGAUUCUACCUUAUAAUUCUCUUCUUGAUAAAUAUCUAAAUAUAAGCAAAGAUGUACGAUGAGAGUUAAAUAUAUGAUUGUAAAGAUGAGAUCACUGAUGAAGUGUAGGAAAAAAUCAAUUAUUAAAAACUUAAAUUGUUCCCAAUCGAUUGUUGGAUUUUUUUAUUACUAUCCCCCGUUACCUUUUGCAUUUCCAUCCGAAUUAUUUAUGAGUUCCUUUAAGACUUUAGACUAUUUGGUGGACCUGGAGAUAUUAUCUUUGUGAUUACAGCAACUAAUGGAGUCCAAUCAAUCAUUUAAUUUUCAACAGCAUUGUAUGUGUAAAUUAAUGAUUCAGCUCCAGUAAAUAUUUUUUGUGAUAUCACAGGGAUAGCAACCUCAAUAGUUUUUGUAAUUUCAAAUCUGAACAUCUUUAUCUUCGCUGCUUAUCCACUUGCUUUAGUAUAUAAUUCAUUGGAGUCCACAGUCAAAUGUAUAAGAAUUUUUAACUAUUCUUUCACAGCCAUAAUAAUAAUAAUAGUAUUUUUAGGGUUUAUUUUAAAUAAUGAUAUAAUCUCAAUAACACUAAAUGGAAUGUGUGCGAUUUCAGCUACAAAAAAGAAAAUUUGGGAUUUUAUAAUUGCUCUAGUUUAUUUGUUUGUUUUUCUCUUAUUUGCAACGAUGUCAUUAAUCUAUGUCUUUGCUUUCAAAAAAUUAGUUCCUAAAAUGUCUUCGAUAAGAUAAUUAAGAGGCUAAUACCUGAGAUACUAUUAAAAGUUCAUCACAUUUAGUUUAAUAAUGAAAUUUUUUCUAGGAAUUUUCAGUGCAGUUAAUUUACUCAAUUGCUAUUACUUUUAUAAAGCUUAUCUAUUACUUACAGAAACCUUUUAAAAUGUGACCCAAUCUCUUUGCAUAUUAGGCUAAGUCAUCAUUAUCACAAGAGAUCCCUUACUAAUACCUAAAUUUAAACAUACACAAACUUCGAAUAGUCAAUAAGAUUUUGAUACCUCUAAUGAUAAAAAACCAGUCGAAAUUUCAAUGCAAUAUUUUAGAAUUUAAUAUUUUAGAAUAAUUGUAAAAAGAAAUGAAAAAAACAUAAGUAAUUUCAAUGUUGGCUGGUAGAAAUAAGAACAAAUAAUAUUUUACAAAGAUCUAGCUAUAAAUGAUGAAUAAGAAGAUGGAGAAGAAUCUAGUCAAGGAGAUUUAAGUGAAUUGUUUGAGGUUACUUUAUAACCAUUUGUUUCUGAAGAAGUGGAAGAGUGUUUGGUUGUUAAUUUAAAUAAUGAUCUUGCCAAAUCUUAACUUUACGAUAAUCAAAAUAUCUAGGUCUUUCAAAUGAGAUGUAUAUUAUAUGCUCCUAAGAUUUUUAACUAUUUUGUUACACUAGACAAUGUUGAUAUCGAAGAUUCCUUUGAUGUUUCUAAAAAUCUAUCAAAGGUUGAAUAAUUCACUGGACCUGAUGGUGGAAAAAGUGGUGAAUUUUUUUUUUUCACUCACAAUAAUCAAUUUAUUCUUAAAACGAUGAGAUAAUCUGAAGUAAACACUUACAAGAAACGAUUACUUAAUUUUGCUACUUAUUAAGCUAACAAUCCAUCAUCUUUAUUAAAUAAGAUUUAUGGGAUGUAUACUUUUGAAAGGUCUGAAAAUGCUGAAGCAAAGGUUCACUUUUUAAUAAUGAAGAACCUUUCUUUAGGCAUCCCAAGGAAUUAAAUAUUAAGAACUUAUGAUCUAAAAGGGUCUGAAUAUGAUAGAGAAGUUCUUGCCAAAAAACCUGAAAGUGAUUUGUCAAAAUUAACUCUCAAAGAUUUAGAUUUCUUUAAAAUUGAAUAGCAAAUUUGGGUUGAAAAAACCAUGAUAGAAAAAUUAAACCAAAAUUUAAUUAAGGAUUCAAAUUUCUUAGAAAAUUAAAAUCUUAUUGAUUAUUCUUUGUUAGUAAUGAAAAUUGAUUGGAAGUCUCAAUAAUAAUUAUUAAUGUAGCAAUUAAGUGACUAAUAAAUCAAUAUCAUUCCUUCAAUUAAGGAAUAAGGAAUAUACUAUCAUAUUGGGAUAAUAGAUUACCUAUAAUAAUGGAAUGUUAAUAAAUCUCUUGAAAGAAAAACAAAAAAGAUCAUCAGAAUGAAUUUACAAUUAGAUACUUCAGCUUAAGAGCCUAACAGAUAUGGAAAAAGAUUUAAAGAAAAAUUGAUAAACAGGAUCCUUCCCUUGUGA